ACACCUGACAUGACUGAGAAGCCAGAUCUUGAUGCUUCAUCAAUUCCAGUUGAAGAAUCUGGUGUACAUGGGGAAAAUUCCAGUGUUAAACCAUUUCCCUCCACCACCGACGAAUUGAAACCCCGGAAAUGGCACAAAGUUAGUGAGCGGUGGAGGCCUCAGUUGGAGGAACUCAGCAACAUAGAUGUAGGCAAGGUUUACAGAUUGGGAAAUCUCAAUCUUGUCGUCCAUCCGGAUUUCCAAAUAGCCAAAGGAAGUGAUGGAACUGAAGUCUUUCUGGGCUUGAAGGAUGAUGUUACUGAGGUAGCCGUGAAGAGAAUGCUCAAGUCAAACUAUCAAGAUCUGAAGAGAGAAGAGGGUUUUUUAAGACUACCUCAGCUGGAUAGUCCCUGCAUUGUGAGAUAUGUGGACUUUGCAGAGGACGAGCACUUCGGUUACCUUGUUCUUCAGCUCUGUGAAUACACCCUUGAUGAAUACAUCAAAGACCACCUACCAGAGGACAAAACCCCUGUCCUGAAGAAAAUAGUGCACGAGGUGCUCUGCAGUCUAAGCGUUCUGCAUAGUCUAAACACAAAAAUUCUGCACCGGGAUAUAAAACCCCAGAAUGUUUUAAUAGAUGUUACAGGCAGAGCGAGAUUAGCCGAUUUCGGUAUAAGUCGACAAUUGAACAUGGGACAAACAACUCUACAUACAAUCAGUGCAGGAACAAAAUGUUGGAAGGCCAGAGAAACUUUAGAUGAAGACAGUGGGAUCGGAUAUAAGAGGAGCACCGAUAUUCAGGUGGCCGGGAUGUUAAUGUAUUACAUCAUCUCUGGUGGACAUCAUCCAUUUGGCAAAGGCAUCCAUUGUGAAGUUAACAUUUUUCAAGGGAAGUACACACUGGAACAUGUUGAGGAUGAAGUGGCCAAGGACCUCAUUGAGUGGAUGAUCAAUGAAGACCCAGAGAAGAGACCUACAGUGGAGGACACACUGGCCCACCCAUACUUCUGGCCAGAGGAGAGGAGAGUGGAGUACUUACGAAAAAUUGGUAACGAGAAGGAAGCAGAGAACUGUCGCAAAGCAGACCCAGGACUCCUUCAUGCUUUGGACCAGUGUGCUGAGGCGAGGUCGUUUACAAAGUGGAAGUCCAAGAUACCGCCUGAGUUGAUGAACAAGUUGGAUGGUAAAAAGAAGGCCUACCCAGACAACACAUUGGGUUUGUUGCGCUUCAUACGCAACCUUCAUGAGCACUACAUUGAGGAUGCGGAUUCUGUUGACAUAUUGACAAUGUUCCCUGAUCUCUUUGGAUGCGUCUACAAGUUUGCGAAGAAAAAGGAGUGGAAUUCAAGAAGUAGUCUGAAGAAAUGGUUUCACAGAGAAGAUGUAAGAUAAUGAUUCUGACAUUUGGAAGAUUAAACACUGACUAACUUCUGAAAUGUUGUCUUGACUUUUCUGUUGACAUUAAAUGACUCACUAGUGUAAAAGUGUUAGAUGAAUGUUCUUUAGAGGAAAUCAAGAGGCUAUGCAGCCCUCUGCCUCCAUUUACCUACUUGGUGUUUUGACCAUUUUCUUACAUCAUUAUAACAGUACUUAUCUCAUAAGCUAACAUGAAAUAUAUACAAUAGUUUUUAUUAGAAUGUGAAAUGUAACGAUACUUCGUAAUGUUAUUCAAUUUGCCUCAGUUUAUUCAUGGUUUGUUUACUGUAUGUAUAAUAGCAAUGACACAUACUGUACAUACAUACAACUUCUCUGUUGAAAAGUAUUGAAACGAGAUGAAUCUAUUAAUAAAGUGUAAAAUCUGAAUAGUA